AUGGAAGGCGACGGCGAACGUCCAAUCUGUGGAAGAUGCCGCGUCGGCGGUCGAGAAUGCCAUCGACCGGACAAAGCAAUCCGCUUCAUAUUCGGUAAUACGACCUUGUCAGCGGGUCGCGAUACACCAAGCUCUACGACAGUGGAUAACCACCUGAGAGCUAUGGACUCGCCGUCACUUGAAAUCGAGACGCAGACUUCGACUCUGACUACGGGCCGGCUCCAAAUUCUGGCCUCGUCUGACCCUGGAAAAGCUCUCACGGAUCCCGAGGUUGCCGAGGCCUUUGCCCAUUACAUCUCCGUUCUUGCUCCGUGGUAUGACUUGAAUGAUGCCGAAAGGACCUUUGGCACCCUGGUGGUCGAAACAGCGCUGCAAGUGCCGAUCCUGUUCAAAGCUAUUGUAGCCUUUUCUGCUUGUCAUUGGAGUAAGGUAAAUGGGUCGAUCGCCGAGAUCGCGAGCGCUUUCCACGACGCCUGUGUGGAGGACUUUUUGUCUUCAAUGGAGUCUCCAGACACAACGCUCAAGGGCAGUAAAUUAGCUGCAACUUGCUUGCUCCGGUCAUAUGAGAUCAUCAAUGGAGGCUCUCGGAUAGAAAGCCAUCUUCUGGGGGCCUAUUCAUAUGCAGUGAGCGAGCCGAUCAAUUUCUCCGAGAGAGGCAUAUCGCAAGCUGGUGCCUGGAACUAUCUUCGAGAAGAGAUCACCGUUGGUCUUAUGCGGCGUCGUAGAGUCCGCAUGGGUCAGAUUUUCCACAGUCAUCUGGAAACCGACCCUUAUGAUGUUUCACUUCCCAACCGUAUAACUUACCUCCUGGCCAAAGUCAUCAAUUUCUGUUUCAUCGAGCCUCAUCUCCAGGGUCUUCCAGCAAGCCGGCAAGCCACAUGGCGUACCCUCAACUCAGAAUUUGUGGCCUGGAAGGCAGAACUCACACCGAGUUUUGCAUCGUAUAGUUCUGCAGCCAAAUCUGGUAAUCCAUUUCUGUCCCUUUGGAUGCUCAGACCGUGGCACGUGGCUGCACAGCAAUAUCGAUCUGUGGUUGAAAUCCUGCUGAGUUUACACGACCCUCUUCCACUUGGUGGGCAUAUCAGCCGCCGGAGCUUCGCCUUCGCUGAGGAACAAGCUCUUGUCAUAUGUGGGUUGGCAUGGACCAACGAUGACGACUCGGCGCGUGUCAAUGCAUAUGGACCUUUGGCCUUCUGUGGGAGGUAUCUGAGCCAAAGACGCCAUCAGGAAGCACUGGUGGCAUUUCUCCUCAAAUCCAGCAACGACACAGGUUGGCCCGUCGUUGAUAUUGUCAACGAUCUUCAGGAUCAUUGGGCUUCUGAGUAUCAAGCAUCAUAG